UUUUGACAUACGAGAGAUUUUCUAAGCAUACAAUGGAAAUACAAGUUUUAUCUAUUGCAACAAAUUGUUUGCUAAACGCUGCUGCCUUAAUACAGCGUAGGAAAAAGAAAAAGACUAAAAAAAAAUAUUCUGCGCAAUGGCUUUUAAAAAGAGAACUGGAAGGAUUUAGCCAUAAACUGUUAAAGGAAAUUGAGUGCGAGGAUUCAAUCCUUCACAAAAAUAUCUUAAGAAUGACUCCAGCUCAGUUUGCAUUCUUAUUAGAAAAAGUACGCCCCUAUAUUAGCAAGCAGGAUACAAAAUUCAGGAACUGCAUAGGAGCUGCGGAACGGCUGCAGCUGACAUUGCGAUAUCUAUCCACUGGUGAAACCCAAAGGUCACUUCAAUUGCCGUUCCGAAUUCAGCAGUCAACCAUUUCCAGAAUUUUAAAGGAAUCAAUUCCCGCAAUAUAUUUGGCGUUAAGGGAGGAGUAUUUGAAAUUCCCUGCAAGUGAGCAAGAUUGGCGUGAUAUUGCAAAAGACUUUUAUCAGAUGUGGGGAUUCCCGAACUGCAUCGGCGCUUUAGAUGGUAAACUAACAAUUAACACUUUUAAAUUCACUCAACUGAUGAAACGUCUCAGGAAAGCAUUGCAGAAUACUGCCAGUGAGGAAAGCAGGAUCUACGUAUUUCAAUUACAAAGGAUACCAUUCAUUUGUAUUGAUGGCAAUCGCUGAUGCCCACUAUCGUUUUAUUUAUGCUGAUGUCGGUGUUAAUGGGAGAGUGGGUGAUGCUGGAAUUUGGUUGAACUCGGACCUGAAAUACGCUAUUGAAAAAAAUGAAGUACAUAUACCAGCCCCAUGCACGCUCCCUUUCAUGUCAACUCCCUCGCCUUUUGUGCUUUUAGCCGAUGAUGCCUUUGCUCUAAAAGACUACUUAAUGAAACCUUACUCUCAUCUAAGACUAUCACCAAGCGAACUUAAAUACAACAACAUACUUUCGAGGAACAGGCGCGUUGUUGAAAAUGCUUUUGGCAUUCUUGCGAACCGUUUUCGAGUUUUAUUUUCACCCAUCCAUCGCGCUCCAGCUGCAGCCAUUCAGAUUGUAUUAUCUUGCGUAUGUGUGCACAACUUUUUAAGAACAGAAAAUGUG